CCUGCCUUAAGGUCCUGGAUCCUUGUUUUCCGGUAUGCCCCUUUUCUAGUAGGGUGAUCCCACACGUAUAUCCUUAGUAGGCUGUGGAUAUCAUAAGCCCUGUCCACACUACACAAACUAGCCCAGGUUCGCCCCAGGUUUUAGCUAACCCAGGUUAGAUUUUGCAGUGUGGACACAACUAACCUGGGUUCGCCCUGGGUUAGUUUAACCCAUCUCCAGAGGUGGGUUCGACCUAGGUCGAACCCAGGUUAGUGUUCUCAAUUUCUAGUGUGGACACAAAACCUGGGGCGAACCUGGGUUAGUUUUUUUAACGCAUGUGCAUAUUUGAAUAUGUUUUCAUUUUGCGCGCCGAAAAAUAAAAAUACGUUACAUGCAAACACCAGGCAAGAUAUAGAAACUUGCAAAAAAGAUCGUGGAUCACUAUGGAUCGCAAAGAAGUUCUCAGCUUCAUAAGUAUCUGGAGAGACGAAAAGAUUCAAAAACUGUUGGAUAACUGUACAAGGAAAAAACAUGUUUACGAAAAGAUGGCACAGCGCCUAGAAAAAGAAAGUGGCUACGAGCGAAACUACAUCCAGAUAAGUGAAAAAAACAACUAAAACAGUCUUAUAAGAAAGUUAAAGACAACUUGUCAGGAAGAGGGAGGAAAACAUUUGAGUAAACUGCGACUUUGGCAACUUCCAUCUUGAUUGUGUUUAUGGAAAAUUUGCUUUGUGUUGUUGUUUUGUUGUUGUUGUUGUAAUUUAACUACGCAUGCGUAGCGUCAGCUAACCUGGGUUCGCCCCGACUUUGUGUCCACAUUACAAAACAUGAAAAUCAAGUGUGGACAAAACAGGGUUCGCCCCAGGUUAAAUUUAAGACUCAUGCGAUGUUUGUACGCGUUUUCCCUUCCCAUCUCUGUCCCUUUGUACUCAAUUCUCCUCCUGCUUAUAUCCCGUUACAUACUUCAUUCUGCCUUCUCCUGUCUCACUUCUUCUCACACAGUCAUUCGAUUGUAUGACAGGUGUGUUUCAGUCUGAUUAUCGAGGUAAAAGACUGAGGCAGUUUUUUCCCUGGAAUCAAACACCGACCAUAAAAUUGCGUCAUUGCUCAGGCAAGACAAGGGCUGAUGCACCAAAAGCCCAACAUGUUUUUCCUGAGAUUAGGGUGUUCUUUAUCAUAACUAAGGGCCCGUCGCGAUGGAAUUAAUUUCCAUUAAAAAUUAUGCUUGAAUAGGCCGGGGGCGGAGUCAAAAAUCAACUUUUUGUACGGGGUUAUUUGAGUAUAUGUGCAAAGAUAAGAUGGGAGAUCAAAAAAUAAUUAGCCGUCGAGGAUUACUAUAAUUUUUGAAGGAUUAUUUGAUCUUUCGUUAGCUCAUGUCUCAGGUUCCUAUAGAUCUCCUUCCCCUGACAUUACACCCCUGGGCUUCAUAGACAAAGUGGGAUUCCACAUAUAGUAAGAAAAUAUGCUAUUAUAAACAAAUUUAGUGAAAUUUCAUACACUAAACAGUUUCACAACCGAAAAAAACUACUAAGCUUCAAAGCACUAAGGGAAAAAAUAGUUGUAUCCAUCAAGAAGAUUCUGAAAGUGAAAGGGUAAAUUGUCAGAGUGGAAAUUGAGCUAAAUAUCAUGAAAUUUUCAGAAUCUAUAUUAGAAAGUUUGAUGACACAACAUCAUAUUUUAAACUUUCCGCUGAUGAAUGGGAAUAUAUUACGUGCUUAAAUCUGACGAUUUUCCCAGAAAAUACUGGACACCUAAUUGAGAUUUGUAGACAAAUUCAAACUGCAAUCUUUUUGAUAAUUUUCAGUUUGAAAACUCGGUACUUCGAUAAUAUUAAAAUAUUCUUGCGUAAUUAUGGUAAUAGGGAAAUUUUCUUGAGGAAACACGGUAUUUGAUACCCCCAAAGACCCUAUAAAGGAGAACCUCGUUACAGAUGGCAAAUAAAUUCUUCUCCCACUGAUGUACAAAUUGUGAUUGUUUCUUCUUAUUCUCUUUUCGCGCAAUUUGGAAGCAUGAUCUUUACCCCCAUCUUGUUUGUAAUGCACCACGCACCAGAUCUCAAUUUUGGAAUUAUGACAGAUUGUUCAUAAGAUUGUGCUAGAUUUGAAAAAAUUAUGCAAGAUUUCAAAUCAAGGCAACCCUGCUCAAGAAAGAGAUAAUGUUCAAAGAUUUUUAAAAUAAUUUCAAAAUUAAAAAUGCUGAAUGAUGCAACAAAUUGAACGAUAACAGACAGUUUGAGAUGAAGGUAAGUGAAAACUUUUGUAACCUACAAAGCAAAUUUUGAUUACGGUAUCAAUCCCAAUAAUUAGCAAAAAUUUAGCUUUUUGUAUACUGCGUCAAGCUGGCUGCAUUUGGCUGCCAACCACAAAAUAUGUGAAUGCCAACUAUUCCAAACAACUUGCAGAGUCCUGAAGGUGGAAAGUCACAAUUUACUCCGAAAAUGAAACCACGGAUGCUGGUGUAAAGUAUUUUCUACCAACAGAUCUUCUUACCUAACUGUAACAAGAAAGUAGGUUUUGCUUGUAAUAUGUCUACUCCAAAAGUUAAAUAAUACAGACUACCAGUGACACGAAGUAGAAAUUGCCAGCGUGAUCUUGGGCUGGACGGAAUAGAUUUCUUAAAUUGAUUCUGAUUUCCUUUUACCUUAACUGUUACACCCAUUUCUAUGGUCACACCCUCGGUUAAUAUUGAUGACUUAAGGGAGGUUGAUAAAAUUUACCAUUACACUCUUCUUUAUAAGAGCCAGUUAAAUGAAGUUUAGGCUGGUUGUCUUAAUUUUUUCCAAAAUCUGAAGCUGACUGAAAUUGUUCUUAAUUUGUUAAUAAACGUAUAAGGUAUAAGCAGUGCGAUUGCUAGCUUUUCGCUCUAGGGAGUUGUCCAGGCCUCAUUUGCCAACAAAGUGCGUUAGAAAACCUUCAUUUGCCGCAAUGAUUGAAUAUUCACCGAAGAAGCAUCCCAAGUUGGCAAAAAACUCCUUGCUUUUGAGAUGAAACAUUGUUCAAGGUUAAAUUUUACAGUAGCUCAGCAUCAACUUGUUCUAAAUUUGUUCUAAACUUUCCACCAAUUUUGAAGCUCGUUUUCUUGUAAAAUUGUUCUUAUAAAAAGAGAGUGUAAAGAAAAUAUAAUUAUGUUUGAGAAUAAAAAUCACCAGCUGUUGUAUUUUAUAUGCAGCAGGGUAGUUUCCCCAUAACGAUUUUUCAUGGCACUGAAAGAAGCUUUGAUACCUUAAUCUUGUGAAAUGUUGGUGUGUAUAUUGAAAGUGUGUUGUACAAAAUGAGCGCAUGCGCUUUGAAUCCAGGAUAGAGGGUUGCCUCACUCCUUAAAAAACUUUCUCUUCCUCGUCUCCCCAAGGCUAUGCAAAGACAUCGGUGAUCUUGUGGACACACUGAGCAAGGUAAUAAUGUAGAAAUAAUGUACAAGCUAAUAAGAAUAAGAAUACCUAUUUUUUGCCGAGCCUCAAUAUUCUUAAAAAAUUCAGGUUUUGAGCCUAAGAUUAUUCUUAAAUUAUUUUUGCCCAACACAAAGUGUAAAUUCGCCUUAAGAUCAAAGAAAAAUAUUAAAUCUUUUAAGAUAUGUUGCUUCAUCAUAAAUUUCAACAAAAACAUACAGAACAACAAAUGUGAUAUCAAAAUGUAAAAUCUAAUGAUACAAAUACGGUCCUAUUCCAAAAGCAUGAUUUCGGAAGCAUUAAAAAGCGGCUGAGAGUAUUUUAAAACAUACAUAUAGGACCGUAUUUUAAAACAUAUUUGAACCUUAGAUUUGAACCUUAAUUUUUAUGAUUUAAACUUUUAUCGAGUUUGAAAGAAAACAGUUGGAGUGGCUGAAGAUUCUGCACGAUCAGAUGAAAUCGGUACCAAAAAUGUGUUAUUUCUGCGAUUAAAUCUAAAUUGCAAAUCUAAACAAAAAAAGUCUCUAGUGCCCCAAAAACUGCAGCGGCGAAAACAUUAACGAUAAACGUUGGUUGAGGAUUUUAGUUUUCAGUUUUGUAUGUUUUCAAACGUAAUUUCGGUUUGAAGUGGUUCCAUAUUGAAAAUAAACGUUAAACAUAAAAACGAGAUUGUACAGUGGUACUUGUCGGCACAAAAAGUAGUUAAGGGGUGAAUAGCGUUCCAAAACCUAAUUCAGUUCAAUUAGUCUGCUACAUAAUAAUUUUGAUAAGAGUUUAAGCAAUGGACAACGAACUACCAAAACUUAGGAGAACGGACUCAUCUACAAUUGAUCCGAGGUGGCCAUGGUCACAAGAUAAUUUGAUCAACGUCUUGGUACAGCAAAAGCUUAUCGAGAACAAAAAUGUUGCGCGAUGCAAGAAACGCGGUCGGCCACUUGGGGAGGACGGAAGUCGAGUUGACGGGCCUACACGAAAUACAAAAGAAGCUUUUCAGGAACCGAAUGAACCUCUAGAAAAGAAAGAAAAAACUUAGUUCGUUUAAGACCUCUUUUUAUUGUUCCAGUGUUUUUUAUGUUGCAUUUUGCUGCUUUUGAUCUAAUAGGAAUUAAGAUUCCUAGAAAAUUCAUUGAUUGUGCACUACUUCUCAAUUUAAGGCCCUCGGCAAGACUUACUGUAUUCUUUUUUUUGCAUAUUAGAGGUGAAAAGAGGGAAGCGCUACGAGUCCAAUCCUCAUGGUAGUCAACUUUUCUCAUGUCCAGAAAUGAGAACCAGCAGAAAUCUUCUUAACAUUCACUUCUGUUAAUUCUACAAUUUUAUCUCUUGGAAAAAAGGUUAUAUCAAAACAUUAAUUUUUCUUUUAGAGUAGUGAAUGUAGUGGCUCCUCAUAUAUGGAGCUAGAAGGAUUGAUGAGAUGCAUUGACCAGCUACAAUCCAACAACAUUACCUUUUGUACACUUGUAACAGAUCGCCACGUUCAAAUAAAGAAAUACAUGAGAACAAAACAUCCGGCAAAAAAUCACUUCUUUGAUGUCUUUCAUGUUGCAAAAAGUAUGUGUUAUUCUAUUAUUCUCUUAAAUCAGUUAUAGCUUUGAAAUAAUGAAUGCGCACUACAUUCUUUUAUAACUUAAAUGAAAAAGAUGGGAAAUGCCAAAAGAAAUUUCAAAUACAAAAAAUUAAAUUGCCAUGUCUUAGCAUAUAAUAUUUUCUUCUCUUGAAUCUUAAAGGUAUUGGGAAAAAAGUUGAAAAGAUAGGGAAAAAGAAGCACUGUGAGGAUAUUCUGUACUUGUUAAAGAGCAUCAAGAACCAUGUUUACUGGUGUGCAUCAUCUAGCAUGGAAGAUGGCCAGCUAGUUGAAGAAAAGUGGAUGUCACUGUUCAAUCAUUUGGUUGAUGUCCAUCAAGGGCACGGCCAGAAAUAAAAAUGCUGUCCACAUGGGCCGAUUGUAAGAGAAUGGUUGAAGGCUGGUAUGCACAUUUUUACUUUACUUCCGACUGCACCUUAACAGCCAGUAGAUUCACUCUACUUUCCACAUAGCUUUAUAGAGUUAUCAUUAGUAGGCCCUACAACCAUAUUCUUGUAAUGCAAGGCAAAGUAUCUUCUUCUGUUCUUCUUGGUUACUGCAAUAUCAAAAUUUAUUUUCAUUGUUCUGUUCUAGGAAGCAAGGGUUACAAAGAGCUAAAGGCUGUCAUUUGCAAAAAGCAACUUGUUAAUGAUAUAAAGAAGCUGUCACCACUGCAACAGACAAGUGCCUUGUAGUCAUUCCACAACGCUGUCAUACAAUUUCCACCAAAAAGCACACAUUUUUCAUAUUUGGCAAUGAAAGCAAGAUUAUUGUUGGCAGCCUUACAUUUCAAUGAGAAUGCCAAUAGAAAGCAAGCUAUGACAAAGCAGGGUAAGGAGAGAUGGAAGAUUUCCUAUCCCAAAUAUAAGAAAGGAGCUGUAGCCAAACCUGUGAAGACAAAGCCAACCUAUGGAUAUGUCACUGAACUACUGCACAUGAGUGUAAAGAGGCGCUUGGAACUCAGCAGUUAUUCAGAAUCUUUGACGGAAGCUGCACAACUUUAUGUAUCUACACCAGGGCAUUUGACAGAUAAUAUUGAGAAAGAGGAUAAGGAAGAAGUUGUGAAACAACAUAAAACCAGAUUCUUGAAAGUAUCUGACAAUAAAUCAGUUCUGGGAAUAUCUGAAAAAGAUGACAGCUAUGAAGGAAACCAACAGAUGAGACGCAAGAAGAGAACAGAAGAAAUUGCUAAACAGAAACAAGAAACAAAGAGACCAAGAAAAAAAUAG